AUGAAGACUUCGAUUUCAUCGGAUGUAUGGGAGAAGAAAAAAGCGUUGAUUGCAAAGUUGUAUAUGGAAGAGGAAUGGCCGUUGAAGCAGGUCAUCAAGCAGAUCCGGUCCGAUGAUUUCAAUCCAAGUGAAACCCAACUACGAAGCAGACUGAAGAAAUGGCGAGUCACCAAGCCGUCUCGUCAAACUCGCAAGAAGACUCAGGCCUCCAGUUCAAGCGCCGAGCCAGACUCAGACAGAGACGUGACCCGGAAGCCGUCUAUUCAACGACCACUACCAAGAGAUCCCCCAAGAGCUCGCCAUGACUGGCCUGGAGCUCAGUCUAUCUACACCCCCGUCUCAGAGGACGCCCCUCACAGCAAAUGGAACUCGCCUCUCGCUCAGCAGCUCACCCCAAGCCCGUCGGGCGAACAUGCCCUUGUCUCGGACCGCUCGGCAGUCCACUCCCACUCCUACCCAGACCUCAGCCCAACCACAACAUCCUUUGAAAACGCUCACGCCUCCCCAGUGGGCGAGGCUCUCAUGGUCAACACCACUUCCGCCGUGGCCCCGUCUUACCCUGCCUACCCUCUGUCUCCGGAAUCAUGUCUGCCCAGCCCUGGUGGCACUGCAAAUACUACUUCCGGUGGCGUUGCCUGGCCUCCUCGUGCUGCCUCUGCCGAUUACGGCCUCAACCCAGCUCAGUGGUACCAACUGCCCUUUGAGGCCAUCACUCCCCCCAACGGCGUCGCCCAGUCCACUGCCCCCAUGGCUCCUUCAUUAGCUGGGUACCUCCCGCCUAUCUCGGGUCAUGCCUACCACCCCCAGUACUCCCAUUACCAGGGCGAGACAUCUGAGUACCACCAUGGCUAUGGCGACAAGAAUUGGAAACGUGCCAUGUCGUUGCAGUAUGACAUGGGUGGACAUCCAGCCCUUGGGCGGGCUGAGCAUCUAGAGAGGAAGCAGAUUCAUAAUGGUCAGCCUCAGACAGUGAUGUCUCCUUCUCAUACGCAGUCUGGUCCGCAGUCCGUGAUGUGUGCUCCCAUGCCUUAUAUGGGUCAAGAUCACUACCAGAAGCCUCCUGGCAUUGGCUAUUAG